AGAAUAUUUUCAAUAAGAUUAAAACAUUCAUACAAUUUUAGUCAAUGAAAUGUUCCAUAAACUAUUUAUAGAGUAAUAAAUUUCCUUAUUAGGAUUAAUUAAAUAAAAAAGUGCAUAAAAGUUUUCGCUCAUUUUACAGCAUGUAUUUUUGGCUUUUAUUUUCUUUCCCUCCGGUCCACGGCCAAGAGGUGCAUAGACUGAUGGAGCAUGUUCUUCACUCCUCACCAUACCCAUGCACUCAAACUCAUCCAAACUCUCUCUCUCAGACUCCCAAAACCACUUUCUACUGCCACCACGAAGUUCUGUAUACAAAGCCAUGCUUCAGCUACUCUUCCUGACCUGAAGCCUCUCAACUCCAAGAUCACUAGCUACAUGCGAAAUGGGCUUGUCGAUCAGGCCCAGAAGCUGUUCGACGAAAUGCCUCGGCGAAACACCGUCACUUGGAAUGCUAUGAUCAGGGGAUAUUUUCUUAAUGGGGAUACCGAAAACGCAAUAUAUUUGUUUGAACGAAUGCCCGAGCGUGAUGUGUUCUCGUAUAACACAACUAUUGCCGGGUUGAUGCAAUUCGGAGAUGUUGAUGGUGCUGAAGGAGUCUUUAAAGGGAUGAUAUUUAGAGAUGUUGUUACGUGGAAUUCGAUGGUUGCGGGGUAUAUUCGUAAUGGGAUGAUUGAUGAGGCGGUAUGGGUAUUUGAUGGGAUGCCGUUGAAGGAUGUGGUUUCUUGGAACUUGGUGGUUGGUGGACUUGUGAACUGUGGAGAAUUUGAUUUGGCUGAAGGGUAUUUCAAAAGAAUGACUACUCGGGAUGUUGCUUCUUGGACUAUAAUGGUUUCAGGGCUUGCGAGAGCAGGAAGGGUUUUUGAAGCCCGUGAGCUUUUUGAAGCCAUGCCUAUGAGAGAUAUCCAAGCUUGGAAUGCAAUGCUGGUUGGCUAUAUAGAACAUGGACGCAUCGAAAUUGCAGAAGUUUUAUUUCAUAAGAUGCCCAAACGGAAUUUCGAUUCUUGGAUAGUAUUGGUUAAUGGGUUGGUAAAAAGUAAAAGAGUUAAUGAUGCCAUGAAGCUUUUCAUCGAAAUGCCACAGAAACGCCAAACAACAUGGAACUCAAUACUUGUGGAGUUAACGAGAAAUGGGCUCAUCAGGGAGUCUCAUGCAUUCCUGGAGAAAUUCCCUUGCACAGAUGUUGUGUCAUGGACAAAUAUUCUUGUUGGAUAUUUCAAAAUCGGAGAGGUUGGCUGUGCGAUUAAACUCUUUGGGUUGAUGUCAAUUCGAGAUGCAACUGCAUAUAAUGUAACAAUAUUUGGAUUAGGUGAAAACGAUCAUGGUGAAGAAGGUGUAAAACUUUUUAUUAGAAUGAAAGAAUCAGGCCCAUCCCCAGAUGAGGCUACUUUUACAAGUAUUUUGACAAUCUGUUCAGACUUGCCAGCCCUACACCUUGGUAGACAAACUCAUGCACAGGUUGUAAAAGCAGGAUUCAAUAAUUUUCUUGCAGUUUCUAAUGCCAUGGUUACCAUGUAUACAAGAUGUGGAAACAUGGAUUCUGCUUUGUUAGAAUUCUCUUCCAUGCUAACCCAUGAUAUCAUAUCUUGGAAUUCUAUAAUCUGUGGAUUUGCUCACCAUGGGAAUGCAGAAAAAGCUUUGGAGAUGUUUGAACAAAUGAGAUCAAAAGAUGUCAUACCCAAUCAUAUAACCUUCAUCGGUGUUCUAUCUGCUUGUAGCCAUGCUGGAAUGGUGGACCAGGGCAGGUAUUUCUUUGACAUCAUGAGAUACGAGUAUUUUCUUCAGCCAACGAGUGAACAUUAUACUUGUUUAGUUGAUUUGCUGGGGAGAUUUGGCCUUAUAGACGAGGCAAUCAAUAUUUUAGAUCAAAUAAGAGCAGAUGGAAUUGAAGUUCCUGGAAGUGUUUGGGGGGCAUUACUCGGGGCCUGUAGAAUCCACAGGAAUAUUGAAAUUGGCAAGAUUGCUGGGGAAAGGAUUUUGGAUGUAGAGCCUGAUAAUUCUGGUGUGUAUUUAAUUUUGGCAGAAAUGUAUCUGCGUUGUGGAAGAAGGAAAGAUGCAGAAAGAAUUUGGACCAGAAUGAAAGAAACAGGAGUCAAAAAGCAGCCAGGGUGCAGUUGGGUUGAGCUAAACAACAGUGGCCAUGUAUUUCUUUCAGGAGAUAGUUCGCAUCCCGAGUUUGAAAGGAUCAAUUCUCUCCUAGAGUUGAUGCAUAUGGAGAUAGAGACUAAGAUUUCAAAAUCAAAACUUACUUCUUCUCAGCAACUACAAACUUCACUGGUAUGUUAUGAUUGAGAUUUUAUUGUUAUCUUCUGAAAUGGAGAGUCGCUUAAAUAUAAAAUCUACCUUUCUUAUCCCUUGAAACAAUGGAGAUAUAAAAACUAAAUACUCAGCGAUGAAAAUUUCCUAAGUAGAAAGAAAAAACCCCAGAAGGAAACUGGACAAAAAUUAUUCUUAUGCAGAAGCUGAAUAUAAAAUAUUGAUUCUGCAAAUUCUAUCAUGUGAAAUAAAAUUACAAUGAAGCAAACGCUAACAACGCUCUGUAUCAGUAUAUUCCAUCAAGUAUGAGCACUUGAUAUAAUGGCAAUUACAAAAAACAAACACUCAAAUUCUAAUAGAGCUUGGUUUCCCGGUUCUAGGAUUUCGUCUCUGACUCGGAACUGUUACAGCUGAUGCUUUUUUGCCUUUAAGAUUGCUCUUAUCCGGAACCUCCUUGGACUUUUUCAUGUUCAUAGAAUUUUCUGCUGUCCGGCUUGGGAUAACCUUACGUAGUGCAUGCCUAUUUUGAAUUGUCUUACGAUUCUUCAAAACCGAUGGCCUUUCUGUUUUGACUCUGUUUUUAUUCCCAAUAACUACAUCAUUAUCUGAAACGAAAAAUGCCCAAAUGGAAUGUGUUAAGCAUCCCUCAUAGUAAAUAAUUAAAACCCAAUAGUUGAACCAAAUCAUAUAUCUAACAGAUGGACCAAUUAGGCAGAUACAUGCUGAUGGAACUAUAAAGGAAACAUUUAUAAAGCAAUUCAAGGCACCACGUUGCAGACUUUGAUUUAAGAAGCAACAAUUUUAUAGUCAUAUAAACACAAUGGUUUCCAAAACAACUCUCAUACUCGGACUUGAUAAUACAGCCCGUGGCCGAGGUAUCGAACUCGCUCCAAUAUUUUGUUGAUUAUCCUCUUCAAAUUUCUCGUUUUUCUUCUCUGCUUCUGCCAAAGAAGAAGAUUCAGAUUUCGGGACUGUAAGAUAUCUUAAUACAUAUAGGGAGUUCAAUUUUGUUGAUAAUCAUAUGAAGUUGAAUACAUAUAGGGAGUUCAAUUUUGUUGAUAAUCAUAUGAAGUUGAAACCAAACUUUCAGGUACAGAAAUUGUUGGUAUAGCUACACUCGGCAUGUAAGAUUUUGGAAUUUUUGCAAUGGAUGGUGGAGAAACAUCUUCGUUCUGCUCCUCAACUGCAAAUCAUAUAUAAAACAGAACCUAUUAUUAUAUAACACAUAAAACAGAAAAAUGGUUUGAAGAGAAGAUUGAAGAGAAGAUUGAUAUGGGAUUUUAGAUAUAGAUUAAACAUUCCAUCAUAGAGCAUAAACAAAAUGAUUCUACUUAAAUGGCUCGGUUUGCAAUUGUUUAGCAAAGAGAGGAGAAAAAAAAAAAAAAAAAAGGCCCUUGUUUGCAAUUAGCAAAAUUAAAGACCCACAGGAAUUAUCAAGAAUUAAUCAGUUGUCUGUGUUUACGUGAAGUAACAAUACUAUCAUGCUAACAAUCAUGAAAGUGAGACGAGAAACUUGGACAUCUCAAUUAAACAGUUGAUAAAAAACAGGCAGGUUCAUCUGGUUAUUGCUCAAUAAAAAUUAAUAAAUUUGAGGAAGAAAAAAUAAACCCAGCCAAGAUAUUUCGAAAGUAAAUCAAAAGAAAAAAAAAAAAAAAAAACUAAAA